AUGUCUGUCCCAGCAUUCACUGAUAUCGCCAAGGCGUCCAACGAUUUGCUCAACAAAGAUUUCUACCACCUCACUGCUGCCGCGCUCGAGGUUAAGUCGAAUACUCCAAACAAUGUCGCAUUCAAAGUUACAGGAAAGAGCACCCACGACAAUGCCACAAGUGGUCUGUUGGAGGCCAAAUUCACAGACAAGCCAACUGGAUUGACUCUUACCCAAACAUGGAACACCCUCAACGCUCUCGACACCAAAAUUGAGAUCAACGACUCCAUCGCCAAGGGUCUCAAGGCUGAGAUUCUCGGCUCUUUCGCUCCUACCACCCAAAAGAAGGGUGCUAAGGUCAAUCUUCACUUCAAGCAACCAAACUUCCACGGACGCGCAUUCUUCGAUCUCCUCAAGGGCCCAACUGCUACCGUUGACGCUGUUAUCGGACAAGACGGUUUCUUGGCUGGUGCUACCGCUGGUUAUGAUGUCCAAAAGGCAGCUAUCACCAGCUACUCCGCCGCUGUUGGUUAUAGUGCCCCCACUUACAGCGCUGCCAUCACUGCCGCUGAUAACUUGAGCGUUUUCUCCGCUUCAUACUACCAUAAGGUCAACACCCAAGUUGAGGCUGGUGCUAAGGCUACUUGGGACUCCAAGAACACCAACUCCGUCGGUCUCGAGGUUGCCAGCAAGUACAGACUUGACCCACUCUCCUUCGCCAAGGUCAAGAUUAACGACCGUGGUGUUGCUGCUGUUGCCUACAACGUUGUUCUCAGACCUGGUGCCACUCUUGGUCUCGGUGCCUCUUUCGAUACCCAAAAGCUUGACCAAGCUACCCACAAGAUCGGCACUAGCUUCACAUUCGAGUCAUAG